UCAUCUCACCGGCGUCGUCCCCGCCGCGGCAUUUCGCCGAACGUGUGGCGCGCACUGACCACCCAAAACCCCUCUCGCUCCCCACCCCAACCCGGAGCCCCAAAACCCUACUCUCCGCUGCGCCGACGCCAUGCUCCACUUUGGCCUCUCCAAGUCCCAUCCUUUCCCGCUCCUCGUGGCGGCGUCCUCGCCUCGCCGCACUAUCCUCGCCGGUCUCCUCCACGCCAGCUACCUCUCCAAGCAUCCGGCCUCCUCACCCGUGCCUCAUCCGACCACCACCGCCCGUUCGAGCGCCAGGGCCGCCACGUCCCCGGCCGACCCCAUCCGGUUCGGGCUGGGAGGCAGGGUUUCGUUUUCCACCGCCCCAGAUGGGUCCGCAUCGGCUGGCGGCGAGAGGGCGCUUCCCUGGCUUACCGCUGAGCCUGGCAACAGCGGCGCUCCCGCUGCGAGGACUAAUGCCGGUCGCUCCUCCUCGUGGGAGAGUUCGGCAGAGAAAUUUUUCUCUAGAGACGAGCAAUACACGCGAAGAGAAGCGUCGGCCGACAGGACGCCGAACAGGGUGGCGAUUAAGGAGGAGGAUGAUGAGAAUGGGCCAAUUGACAAUCCCAAAUGGGGCAGGAUUAAGGACCGGUACCAGCGAGUUGUGGGGAGGGAUGGAGGGUCCCGUGGCGAGAGGUUUAGGAGGGAGAGGUCUGCCAAGCCAGCUGUGAGGCAGUGGAACAACCAGGAGAACUGGGGGAGGAAGACAGGGAAGGAGGCAGGGGAAUCGACGGUACCAAAGAUGGUGGGGCAAGGGGUUUAUGGUGUUGGGCCAGUGCUCGCAGCGCUCAUGGCUGGUAGGAGGGAGUAUUAUGCAUUGUAUAUGCAGGAAGGUAUGGAUUUGAGCGGGAGUAAUAAGAAGAAGAAGGAUAAAAAGGCAGUCGAUAAAGUGCUGCGGAUGGCAGAAAGGAUCGGGCUGAAGGUCAUUGAGACUUCGAAGCAUGACCUUAACAUGGUGGUGGAUAACCGGCCACACCAAGGCCUGGUGCUUGAUGCAUCACCCUUGGAAAUGGUAAAUAUGAAGGAGUUGGAUCCAGUCAGGGUGGAAGGUGGAAAGGCACCUGUCUGGAUAGCCUUGGAUGAGGUUAUGGAUCCUCAGAAUUUAGGAGCCAUAAUUAGGUCUGCCUACUACUUUGGUGCUGAGGGUGUCGUACUGUGUGCUAAGAACUCGGCUCCAUUAAGUGGAGUAGUGAGCAAAGCUAGUGCAGGCUCGCUUGAGCUGAUCGAGCUGCUUUCCUGCAGAAACAUGAUGCAGUUCUUGUCUUCAUCAGCUGAAAAUGGGUGGCGAGUUCUUGGUGGUACCAUUGCUAACAAAGCUGUACCUCUCUCUGAAGUGGAAACAGGGGUGCCCACUAUUCUUGUGUUGGGCAGUGAAGGCACUGGUCUGAGACCCCUGGUUGAGCGAUCUUGCACUCAUCUGGUCAGAAUUCCUGGAAAUGCUGAUGUAUUUGUUGAAGGAGCCGAUGCAGACGCAGACGCAGACGCAGAUGCAGGGGAAGAAGGUGAUAGCCCUGCUGGUAGUCAAGAUUUGAGAUCAUUCCUUGCGGUGGAGAGUCUGAAUGUUAGUGUCGCAGCAGGAGUUUUGCUUUAUCAUCUGGCUGGAAAAGAAGCCUGUCCUGUUAAUUUUGGUACUGUAAAUCUAUAGCUACUGGUGGAGGUGGACUAAAAGAUUCACUACAGGAAGAUGCUCUAAUGACUUUGGCUUUGUAAGCUGAGUUGCCUGAGCACCUUUUGUGGCUUUCACCAACACAAAGAACUGAACUUGCAAAGGAACUGCAAUUUUUUAAUCCAUAGUGAUACAGGUAAGAUAUACCUCAGCACUGCAAGAUAAUUAGGACAUUGCAAAAGGCCCUAGGAUUCUUUCGGAAUCCACAGACGUUUCCUUUUUCCCAGUUUCUAGGCGUGUAGGCCUCAAAGCAUCGAGGUGAAUAUUCCUCUCUAGAAGAUCUCUCUGUGUGCGCGCCCGGGAGGUGUCAUCAUGGAUUAUAAUUUAUCUUUACACUCAGGUGUUAGUUAUCUGCAGAAGACAAAUGGCUUCAUGUUGAUGCUUGAGCUUCAAGUUUAUGCAGAUCAUUUUUGCAAUUAAUUUUUUGGGUAAGUCUGUAAACUGUACUGUACAUAAAUAGUUUUCUUAAUGGUCAAAACAUACAUAGACAGUGGAACUGGCUCUGCUGAUAUUCCACUUUUAGAAGUCAACAAAAUUUAUUGGCAUAAAACAUGGUUUGUAAACAAUGUCAUUUGCCAUGUUGUUUCUGUCAUUCUAGAAAACCAAUGCCACCUGCUGUUUACCCUGACUUUUUUGAGAGUAUCUGGGGUAUGGUCGCCAGGCCACGAGGGCAGCUUGGAGAUAACUUCCAAGUUUGGCAGCUGGUGUCAUCAGGUGCGUGUAGUUAUAAGGGACCUGGAUAAUGUAAUAUACUCAUGUAAAACAAAACGUCAUGUGAUUUCUUAGCUUUACAACAAAGAGUGACAACUUGCACCUCUUG